UCCGCGAAAUCUGGAUGCCCGUGUGCGUGUGUCGCCGUCGCUCUUCGUAAAUAGUGGAAGAAUUUCUGCGAAUUAUACGUGUUUGCAAUUAUUCCAUGAGGCCCGUGUGUUUUUUAUCGUAUUUUUUGCAUGGCGCCGUGUAACAGAGUGUUGAUUUUCCCUUAGAGUGCUCAGUGUUUUCUUCCAAUGCUCAGGAACGAGACUUGAAGUGCCCUCGGUUUGAGCAGUCUGUUUCCAGUUCUGGAUUGAGUGUUUAUUCCAUAAUUAUGUGAUCUAAAAUUUCUGCUAUGCGGCGGAAUCAUUUUUUCAUUCUCGUCGCCUUUUUGUUAGCGCUAUGGAUUUUCAUCACUCAUUACAUCUUUAUGAACCAACCCAGAUCACUGUUCACCUAUACGAGCGGCUCCAACUCCAUGAAGGACCAACUACAAGCGUUUGAAACGAAGCUUCGCUCGGAGGAAGUAGUCAAUAAUUUUUUACUGGAAAAAUUUAGGAAAGCUAUCACCAUGAGAUAUAGUGAAGCCAAUCUCCAAGCAAAUGUCACAUCCGUUCCAAAACCUGUGAGCGCUCCUUCUCAGAGCCCUAGUGUGGAUGGAAAUAAUAAUUCACUACACAAUGACAAGAGACUACAAGAGCUAACUGCACAUUCUGAAAAUGCCAUUGCUGUUGUGGUAUUUUCCUGCAAUCGAGUGUCAGUGGCCAAAUGUUUGAAUGCAUUGCUCAAGUAUAGACCCUCAAAAGAAAAGUUUCCUAUCAUCGUAUCCCAAGACUGCAAUCAUGCAAGGACCGCAGAGGUGAUCCAGUCGUAUGGAGAUCAAAUUUACCAUAUCUUACAACCUGACCAAAGCGACAUUCCUGUUCCUCCAAAAGAGAAAAAAUUCAAAGGUUAUUUUAAAAUUGCAAGGCACUAUGGCUGGGCUCUCAAUGAAACUUUUUAUAAGUUUAAGUUCCAGACAGCUAUUAUAGUUGAAGAUGAUUUAGAAGUAGCCCCAGAUUUUUUCGAAUAUUUCUUGGGUACAUAUCCCAUUUUACUGGCAGACCCCACUUUGUGGUGCAUAUCAGCAUGGAAUGAUAACGGCAAGAAGAAUUUGAUAGCAGUUGAAAAUCCAGAACUUCUUUAUCGAACUGAUUUCUUCCCUGGUCUAGGGUGGAUGUUAACAAAAUCUUUAUGGGAUGAACUAUCACCAAAGUGGCCUCACAGUGGUCUCUUCUAUGAAAAACAUUUAAAGUAUAUUUAUUUAAAUAAUAUUUACGUGCCUUUUACAAAGAAAAAUCUAACAUAUUUAAUUAAGGACAAUUAUGAUGUAGAAUAUUCAAAGUUGGUAUAUUCAAGCACUGUUGUAACAUAUCCAGAACUAAGGGCUCGGCAAAUAGUGCAUGAAGGAACCGUGCGUAUUCCAUACUAUACAAAGGACAUGUUCAAACACACUGCCAGAAUGCUCGGUCUAAUGGAUGACUUUAAGAGUGGUGUGCCGAGGACAAGUUACAGAGGAAUUGUAAGCUUUGUGUUUGAAAAUCGGCGCGUAUUCCUUGCGCCACAACCUAAUUGGAAAGGCUACGAUCUAUCUUGGCGGUGAUGCUGAGUCUCGGUCUACUCUCCGCCAAAUAUGAAGUGCUGUGCUCCCUGCGUUUGUGAUAUAAGGUUUUAUACGCUAAUUUUAAUCAUGUUAUGUUUCCAUUUUGUUUUUUGCUGUGAAUUUCGAAGUUAUUAUCAGACUUAGUUCUCAACCUCAUCACCUUCCUAUCAUCCCUAUGAUAUUUAUUUUUUUAUGUUUUUUUGUUUUCAGACUAUCAUAAUUUUUUGAAAGAUCUCACGCCAACGAGUCAAUGAAUCGUUGAUUAACGAGUUUGUUCUUGAAAUCUUUGUGCAAAGUAUAUCCAUAAGUUACUCUCCUAAUUUCACAUCUCAAAAGGCAACAUGGAUAGGAAUUUUGUCAACCAUAUUCUCAUAGUUUUCUAGGCAAAGAAGGCUUGAAUAAUUCAAUCCAAAGUUUACCAAAGUAAUUCCCUUUUUCUACACUCAUUUCAUUUUACAGUGGUCCAAUUUUUAGGUGUCAUCCCGAUCCAAAUUUUUAAAUGCAGCUGUAAUGCACAAAACUUUUAUCAAAACUCUAUCGUCUAAAGAUACCUUACCAGAUACUUACUUGAGUUCCACAUGUAAUGUAAACCUUUUUAUCCUUUUCUUGUAAUGUUUUUGGUGCUCCAAUUCAGGAGUGCAUGAAAUUGGACUUGCUGUAACUAUUACGGUGAUAAGUGUUAGGUGCUAGUGAAAGAAAAUUUCUUGGUAUCUCUUGACUAAAUUCCUAAGCUUAAGUAAUUUGCAGCUAAAGAACCUCUAAUACCAAUUUGCUAUAAACAGGAGUCUUUGAGAUGUAAAAUAAGGAAACUUACUUUUGGUUGUAUCCUCAGAGAAACUAUUUCAAAAUCAUGAAAUGGUUAUAUGUGUAAAUAAUGUACAGUAUUUUUUUGUUUUGUUUUGAAAAGCAGAUUUCUCAUUCCAAACUCCAUUGUUUGUGUCAGUUUCAAUCUUUUAGUCCUGCGGUAAGAAUAAUCAAUUAAAUCAUUACUUUGUGGAUUGCUAAAAAAAUGAGGCUCUAGCUAUAAAUUUUCAGAAAGAAAUAUUGAUUUUGAAUCAUUCGUUUAAAUUAAACUGCCAUUUAUGAAAUGGCUGUGAACCUCUACUGAGGAGAAACAAUUAUGUUGCAUUUUAUUUUUAUUAAAUAAUUAAAACAUUCAAUGGGAAUAAGUAUAGUUUGCAGAGGUGCUAAUCCAAUAUCUUUCUCCUGGUGUACAACUCAUGUAAGUAGAGGGCAUUCAUAAAUUAUCUGACGCAUUCAUAAAUUAUCUGACGCAUUCAAUUUUUCUUGCUCAGAGUGAAAACUGAAAUGAUUAUAAGGCUUAGGACUUUUUUAUAUAAGGGUACUAAAUUACUUCUCUUUACAACUCCUCAAAGUAAAGUGCCAACUAAUUUUUCAUCAUUGGAUUUUUUCAAUUAAAGUAUAGCACUUCUUCUAAUUGAGAAUACUCAAAAAAUUAUAUUAUCACCAUCCAUAGAUGACUUACACUGAAAUCUAACUUCAAGUUCUUGUUCUUACGACACUGCCAAUUUGUUGUAUUGCCAAGAUAAAAAAGUUGUCGAUGGCACAAUGGUUCUUGAGAUACACUUGCGUGUCACAAAGGUUUGGAAUGAAAAAUGUACUGUCAGCUUUUCCUAGAUGCAAGAAACGUGGGUUUUUAUGCUGAAUUGAUCAGCAAUAAUGAUUGUUCAUGAAGUCCUAAUAUUUGCUAGUCUUGGCAAACUUGUAGAGUAGUAACAGUCUUUUGUGGCACUUUAAUUUUAAACAAAACCUAAAUAACUUCCUGUUUCCCCUAUUCAACUCCACUGUCCAUUAAAUUGUAAUGACAAGUUAAAUUUUGAUAGGGCAUUUUUCAGGAGAAAGUUUCUCUUUUCUUAGAAAUUUCAUCAUUUUGUGGAAAAGGAAAGUUUUUCUUGGUUAAGAGGUUUUGCCUCCUUAAGUUUAAUUUUUUUUUAAAUUUGACUUCAAGAAAAUCAUAUGGGAUGUUGCAGUAUUCAAAUUCUUUGAUUUUAUCUGAGAAUAUUUUGCAGUAGUUUCAUACAGAGAUCAAUUGAAUUACCUGCAUCAAUAUUUUUGAAAUGAAAAUCUAAAAGAUUUUUAGAAUUCGUUACUCAUACAAGUUGGCUUCAAUGAACACUUCUGUUUCCAAUUUUGAAGAUACCAUUGA